UCAUUAUAAAAAUACAUGACAACAAAUCGAAGACAAAGUUCUUCUUACAGUGACGAUCUUUCACGGUAUGAGUUCGUUGAUUAUACCUCUGUUUCUCAUUUCGAGAAAUUCAUAACUCAGAUUGAAGAAGCUUUGUAUGCUUGGGGAAUCAAAGAUGGAUCUUUUGGAAUAUUUUCACAAGACCAAUUGGCUAAUGCCAAAGCAGCCAUUUUAUCGCCUUCAGCAGAGCAUUUGACUCGAAAAGAAACUUUGUCAUUUAAUGGUGUUGAUUAUCAACUUUCUUAUCAUUAUCAUCCAAUUGCUUUAGCAAACAAGGCUCAACACUUUCCGUUAGCUGCAGAGGAGUUUUAUCAAUUUAGUAAUACCAACUAUCAUCCAUUACAUCGAUGGACAGGUCAAGAGCGUUUGUUAAUCUUACAACCCUCGGUUAAGAAGAAGAUGUUUAUUAAUACGAGUGGAGGCAAAUCUGCCAACGAAAUGGCGUCAGCUAAACAGCUUCUCUCAGCUUGUACCAUUGCCCUUCAAAACGCGGGUUGUAAAAUACCUGUCUUUUUAUCUGUAAAACAAACUCGUCAUCAAAUGUAUAUAGGUUAUAUGCUUAUAUGCAAUGACCCCGGAAACCCAUUAAAUGAGACUGAAGUACGUUUCAAUAUGUCCUUAAUAACACCAUCUACGACUACUGUCCUGUGGGAGCUUGAUGAAUUAAAAACAUCUUUUUUACAGAAAUUAAGUGUUCAUAGAGAGGAUUAUGGCCAACCCGCUGAGUUACCUUAUGAGUCCCCCAUUUAUAUAUCAGCCGUAUACACCUACAACCUAAAAAACUGGUUUGAUGAAAAUUGGAAAGACUGGGAGGAAGAGAUGAUUGAAUCAAGGCGUAGAAGAAGCUUCAGCGACGAUUUUGAAGCAUGGGAUGAACAACAAGCGCCUGUAAAUCGACAGAAUAUAAAUGAACAUCGAUUACCAUUUGGAUCGUUAAAUGAUCCACUCCGUUCCUUAACUCUGAACGCUUUAUUUCCUUUGACUGAUGAAUUUCAUUAUGAUUAUAAUACGAUGGAUGCAUUGACGGCAAAAAGUUGGCAACUAGUUCGAGAAUUUGCCCCUACUCAACAACAACGCGCCUAUCUUUCCAGUCUGUUGGAACAUGUGAUCGAGUCAUGGGUCAAGGAUCCUACAAAUCGUGACUAUCUGGCUCCCUUUGACAGUAAUAAUAAUGAGUCAGUGAAUGACAGUAUUGGGCUAAUGCGUAAUUUAUUUACAGCAGGAAACAGUCCGUUAAACAAAAAAUUGACGGUUGUACAUCAAGGAUCUAAUAAUAGUAGUAAUAGUAGUAGUGCUAAUUCAAAUGAUUCGAUCACUGUUAUCAAAUCAGAUCAAAUAGAAGAUGUCUUGAUAGCCUUAUUCCAUUCUAUGUUGAAUAAUGAAGAUGAAAAUGAUGAUAAUGAUCAUACAGAGACAAUGCAAAAGAAAAGACGAAUAAAGAGAUUUGACAGCACAAGAAAGUUGGGACUCAAAUUAAAGACAGGAUCUUCUGUACCUUAUCGCUCAUUUUUAUGGAACUUGCUAUUUUAUAGUCUUGAGGCAAUCUCGGUGGGUUCAACCAAAAAACAGUCUACAGCAGCCCAUUUUCUGGGAUUUUUAAGAGUUAUUUGGUUAGAGGUCCUGAGACAGAUACGUUGGCAUUGGGAGAAUUUAGUGCCAAUUCCUGACUUAAACCCGUACUUGUAUGAAACGACAAGAAAAAAGGAUGAAAAACAAAACAGCAAUAAUAGAAUUUUAGGAAUUGAUCUUCGUUAUAAUAUUUUACAUCAAAAAUUAUCAAUGAUCAACUGUUGUAUAUAUCGUCGAUUACAAACUAUAUCUCAAAAUGGAAAUUUAAAGGAUUAUGAAAUUAAACCAGUUAGACGUAUAGGUAACUUAUUUGAUCGUCAACAAGAAGAAGAAGAAGAAAAGGAGUCAAGAUUUUCCAAAUUUCAGGCUUUAAUAGAAAGAUUUGUUGAUGCUGGCGCAGAGGAAAAUAAUAGCGAAACAAUCGACGAUUCUGUUUCAUUUGGCCAAUCUGAUAUUGAAAAUGAGGUAUCUGAUGAAAGUGAUGUCUUUUUAGAUGCUGUAGCCACCCCAUCACCUUCAUCCUCUUCUAAUCAAGAUACUAUGUCUAAUAAUCCAAUGCAAGAGUCGUUUGUGAGCUUACCCUAUGUAGCAGCAACAGCAGAAGAAUUAGAAGCAGACGAAGCCAACGCUAUUAAAGACCCGGAUACGAUUGAAGGAAGCCUUCGACCACAUAACACCCUCAAAUUAUUAAAAACAGGUCAGCCCAUGCAAAUCCCCAUUACUCAGGAUCCUGGAUUUAUGACUGAAGAUAUGAUUUCAGAACAAGCAGACGUCUUUGAGAGUCUUGGUACAUCUGAGACAGCAACACAACAGAGAGCCAAAUUGCAAUCACAACAGUUAUUUUCAGAUAUGCAAGCCUUUAAAGCAGCCAACCCACAUGCUUGUCUUGAAGAUUUUGUAAGAUGGCAUUCACCACGUGACUGGAUUACUGUGAAUGGUGAAGAGGGGCAUCUAAGUACACGUAUGUCUGAACCAAAUAACAUUUGGCAAGAGUUAUGGAAAUGUUCUAAACGGGUUCCUUGUUCACGUCAAAAGCCACUGUUUAAUAUCACGAUGGAAGCAGAGAAGGCACUUUAUUUUCUGGAAACGACUACUGUUCAUGAAUUCUUUUCAAUUAUGUUGCCUACAUUAGGAUUAAUUGCUUAUGAUACACUUUCAAGACUUCCAAUAGCACAAUAUAGUCAACAGGUAGCAAAUGGUUUACACCAUUUAAGUAAAGAAUUAAUAGAAUUUCCUUGGGAUGAUUUCAGACAAGGGAAAAAAACAUUUGAUAAUAUUUUAAAUUGUAUACGUCAACAAGAAUCCAUGACAUGUCAUGCUAUCUCCUUACUGCGCAAGCUUCCAAGACAAUAUGAUCUAGUGGAUCAAUUAUUAGUAAAUGGCCAAGCCAUUGUUAAAGAGGGUGAUGAAAGAUCUACAGUCUUUCAAUUAUUUAAAAAUGACCAGGGAAUUAUAUCAGAACCUUCUUCCAAAGAAUAUCUGUUAUAUAAUGAUUGUAAAGAUUUAACAACUCAUGGUAGAGUUUUACCACAAAGACAAUAUACCAUUGUAAAAGAUAACGAAAUAAGAAUAGUGGAUAUGCAAACUACAGAUGCGUUGUAUUAUUAAGACUUUUUUCCUUUUUUUUUUAUUGUAAAUAAUAAAUUUUUUUUUUUUAAUGGCUAAUA